UAUUUAUUAUCCUCUAAUCAUAUGUCUUUUUCAGUGUAUAUUUAGUUACUUAAAGCGGAUAUAGUACUGUUUAUUCGGAACAGCCUUUCGGUAAAAAUAGUACGACUUUGGGAGACAACAGAACAAACAAAGGCAAGGAUGAUCGACCAAAGAAGCAGCAUCGUGAUGCUACUAGCUGUUUCCGCCGUGCUUUCACUGGCUGAUUCGGAAAGCGCAGAUGAAGUAGUGAAGGAAUCUAACUGUAAUGAAAUAAAUACUGUACUGAAACAGUUUGUGGAAUGUUUCCGGUCAUCAAACGUCACUGGAUACUCUAGCGUUAUGACCGAAUUGACGGAAUCCGCCGUGAUAACAAGAGAGUCUUUCCUGGCACAAAUAACAUCUACAUGCAGUGAUGGGAAACUUAACGAGGCUUAUACAAGAUGUACAAGGGAUGUUAUAUCAGUCUGUCCAGAACUGAGAGAAACAAUCACUGAUGUUGUUAGAGAAAAGAUUUCUUUUCUUUGUGAAAAUAAUCAACCAUCGUCUUGGAUCCGUGGUGUUUUGAACGGAGACUACAUGCUGAACACCUCGUGUGUCUAUUCUCCCGAGAACGAUGUGAUCGACAAUAUACGUAACUGCAGUCAAGAGGUUAACUCUAAAUUGUCCGGGUCAGUGAAGAAGUUAAAUGCUCCAACCGUUGCUGAAGCCCGAGAUAUGUUCAAGAGGAUCUCGUCAGAUUGGUUCCAAUGCACAGUGUCACCAUACUAUGGCAAUACCAUUCUUCCAUGCGGAACAAAGAAGAAGCACGUGUUAUUAACUUACUGGAUAAUCUUCUCCAUAGGUGGAGAUCCAUUAAGACCCCCUAUUGGACCCGAGGCCAUGAUAAAACUAACGGAAAUUAUGUCACCAUUCUACUAGACGGCUGAUACUAAGAAAAAGAAACAUGUGUUUAAGAUGUAUGAUAUUGUCAAAUAUAGUGUAUAAAAAUAUAUAUCUGCUGCAAAAGUA